AUGGUGAUCGCCCAGCUCAAGGACAAGGCCAUGGAGUACCUCGGCGGUCCGGUCGACUACGCCGUCAUGACCAUUCCGCAGCAUUACAGUGGGCGGUCCAGGGACACGGCUAUGAUGGCCGGCAUGCUUGCCGGGCUACACAUAGUGGACAUGGUCCCCGAACCCAUUUCAGUUGCCGUCGCUUAUGGCCUCCGCACCAAGCUGCGAGAGGGCGCCAACGCACUAGUGCUCCAUGUCGGAGGCGGCACGGCUGAUGCGAGCGUCGUCACGCUUAUGGAUCGAGAUGAUUUUGAUCAGAAGGUCGUGGACUAUUUCGCCGAGCUAGUGAGGAUGAAGCACGGAAAGGACGCCGGUGGGGAUUCGAUCGCUCUUGCAAAACUGAGGACGGCAUGUGAGCGUGCCAAGAAGGCAUUGAGCAACCAAGAGCAUGUUCAAGUGACUGUUGAGUCUCUUUUCGACGGCGUGGAUUUCUCCGAGACAUUGUCACGGUCAAAGUUUGAGGAAUUGAACGAUGAUGCGUUCCGCAGAGUUGUUGCGUUGGUAAGGAGAGUGAUGCUAGAAGCAGAGGAAAGGAGGGGCAACAUCAAGAUCGAUGAGAUUAUUCUUGUUGGUACAAGCACCAUGAUCCCAAAGAUCCAGAGACUUGUCAAGGAAUCCUUUAAUGGGAUGGAGCCAAGCAUAAGGGUGAAACCAGAUGAAGCAGCUGCUCUUGGAGCAGUAGUUCAUGCAUAUUCUGUUUAUUGA